ACGCAGACGGGACCGAAGGCAGCUUCCCUGGAGACAGGCUGGGCGGCCAAACUUCCUGCUGGAGCUUUGAAGACUUGGUUUGGGGGUGGGGGCAGGGGGCCAGGCAGAGAGAAACCAUCUGCUGGCCGGAGCACCCACAGGGCACAAGUUCUAAAUGACUGCUGCCCGCAGUGGCCAUGGGGAAGAAGCUGGUAAUGGCCCAGAAGCGGGGAGAGACGCGAGCCCUCUGCCUGGGGGUGGCCAUGGCGGUGAGUGCGGUCAUUGCCUACUACGUCCUGUGCACCACUGUCCUACCCCUCUACCAGAAAAGCGUGUGGACCCAGGAAUCCACUUGCCACCUGAUUGAGACCAACAUCAGGGACCAGGAGCUGCUGGAAGGCAAGAAGGUGCCCCAGUACCCAUGCCUGUGGGUCAACGUAUCAACUAUGGGCAGGUGGGCCAUGCUGUACCUCACGGAGGAUACUCCGGACCAGAACCAGCAGUGCUCCUACAUCCCCCACAGCCUGGACAACUACCAGAUGGCCCGGGCUGAUGUGGAGAAGGUCAGAGCCAACUUCCACGAGCUCCGGGUUUUCUAUUGCUUCUCGGCGACCCAGGAGAACGAGACCAGCGUUCUGUACCAGCGCCUCUACGGGCCUCAGGCUCUCCUCUUCUCCCUCUUCUGGCCCACCUUCCUGCUGACUGGUGGCCUCCUCAUUAUCGCCAUGGUGAAGCUCAACCGCUCACUGUCCAUCCUGGCAGCGCAGAAGUAGCCUGAUCCCCUCUACACCACAACUGUGGCUGGAGGACUAGUGGGCGGGGAGGGGUCCCCAAUCCUUGUGCCUCCUUGCUUGCCCACCCAAUACUGUUAUUAAGCCAUUUCUUGCUCAAGAAUGUAUAGCAGUCCCCCAGUGCCUUGGAGCACAAAAGGCCAACCAGUUACGCUCCUUACUACCUGUCCUCACUAAAAUGGCUCAUGUCUGUUA